UACAGAGCAACACACACACACGGGGUGGGUACAGAGUAACGCUCACACUCACACGGGGUGGGUACAGAGUAACGCUCACACACACGGGGGGUGGCUACAGAGUAACCCAGAGACUCACACACAGUGGGGGGAGCGCAGGGACAAUGCUGAGUCUGGGGUCUGGCAGUGGGAAAACUGCUAAACCCUCCUUCGUCUCGUACGUCUCUCCAGAGGAAAUAAAGGUGAAAGAAAAAGAGGAAGAGCUGAUGCCGCAGUUAUUACCAGGUGAACUUAUUAUCUGUGAAGCAAACACUGUAAUGAAGUACCCCCGAGAGGAUGCGUUGUUACAGAGGGGAUUCUAUGGAAAACUGGUCUGCACGAAUUUCAAGAUUUCCUUUCAAAGUACGGAGCAGUUGCUGGAUGAUCUGGAGCAGCCUUUUAGAAAUAAACUGAUGGGCGAAAAUGACAUUUCCCUGCACUGUGUGGACCAACUGUUUGGAGUGUAUGAUGAGAAGAAGAAGCCACUGCUACCUGGAGCUAUAAAGAACAAGAUUCCUGAGAAGCUCCUCGUGUACUGUAAAGACUUUCGUGUCUUCUACUUUGGGCUGAGACAGGCCAAGGAAGAAGAUGCAAAAAGGCUAAUCCAGGCAAUCGUUCACUAUUGUUUGAACCUGAUGACUCUGAAAUGUUUGUUUGCUUUCUCUUAUGUUGGGAAAGCAGGUGGUCUUAAAGUGGGUCCAGUGGAUGUUGAUGAGGGGCCUCCAACUGUAAUGUUUGAAACUAAAAGUGACUGGAAGAUGGAGCUUGAUCGCACGGAAGGUGUUCUCACAUACAGAGUGGUUACAGUUAAUGAAAACUAUAAAACCAGCUCCAGUCUUCCACAGUUCUUUGUUGUUCCUUCGACGGUGACUGAUGAAGAAAUUAAGUCCAAAGGAAAUGGCAUACCCCUUUGGUGCUGGUCUCACUGCAGUGGUUGCGCCUUGUUAAAGAUGGCUGCCCUUCCCGAAGUCACUGAUCACGAGGUCGCUUCUCAAGCCAACAAAGAUUUCAUUGACAGGGCGUUGCUUGCACUCAGUAACAGUCAUCACGUAAGCCACAGAGUCAGGCCUGAGAACCUGUCAGCCACUCUCCCGUCCCUGCAGGAAAUUCAGGCUUCGUAUAACAGAUUCAAACAGCUGUUCCUGAUGGACAAUGGGACUGAAUUCUGGGAGUCCGACCAUAAAUGUCUGUCUGCUUUAGAGAAUGCAAACUGGCUGGAAAUUAUUAGGCAGUGUCUGAAGAAAGCCUUGGAUGUUGUUGAAUAUUUGGAGCAUAAAAACACAUCUGUGGUGCUUGUGGAAGAAGAUGGGUCUGAUCUGUGCUGUCUAAUAGCGAGUCUGGUCCAAGUCAUGGUCGAUCCGUACUUCAGGACAAUAUCAGGUUUCCAGAGUUUGAUUCAAAAGGAGUGGGUGAUGGGCUGCCACCGUUUCCUGGAUCGAUGUAAUCAUCUGCGAAGUAAUGAUAAAUACGAGGUGCCAGUCUUCCUGCUCUUUCUGGAAUGUGUGUGGCAGUUACACCAGCAACAUACACCAGCCUUUGAGUUCACAGAGACCUACCUGACCAUAUUGUCAGACAGUCUGUACAUCCCCAUCUUCAGCACCUUCCUGUUCAACUCACCACAGCAAAGAGAUAAGAACAUGUUUGGUGAAGAUCGACAUAUACAAAGCAGGUCUUUGAAACUUCCUACAGUAUGGGAAUGGUCUGUGCAGUUCGAGCCCUCAGUUCAGGCACUAUUUUAUAAUCCACUUUUCAUCGGAAAGCCAAAAGUUGAUCACGUUCGAAAAACCCAGCGAGUUAAGGACCCUGCACUGAACUGCUUGGAGAAUGUCUUUGAAAAUGAUCUGGAUAUACUAGAGCCACAGCGACAGAUGUCACUGCCAUCGAGUCCAUCUUAUCAAUCCAAACCUGUUGCCAAAAAAAGCUUCUUGAGGGAAGAGACGGACAAUCUGAUCAAGACUUUCCUUGGCAAAAAAAUAAGCAGGUGGACGUUUGCGACUGAAGACACCGCCAUCGACUACAGACCCUUUUACGAGCACUGGCGCAGUAAACCAAUCGACUAUCAGGGGCUUCUGCUGCCUCUGUACGACAGCCCGGUGAUAAGGAUUUGGGUCCAACGCUACAUGCGCUGGAUCCCGGAGGCUCAGAUACCAGGCGGUGGUCCCACAGCCACUCUGAACAAAGCGUGCGAGGUCCAGGACGAGAUCAAAAGCCUAAAGAUGAAACUGGAGGCCACGUUACUGCAGAGGCAACCGAGCUCUCCCAGGGCAGCCUCCUGCUCGUUUCGCCUGAGCAGCCGCCUCUCAUCGGUGUUUCCCUUUGGCACGAUACGCAGACAGUCCGUGAAGCCACGCAUUCCAGUCUCGACAAAUAAUUCGCUCAGUUUUGGCUCCAUGGAGAACUUGCCCGAUGAUGAAGUGGAGUCACUGGGCGUGUGUGUUUAGGCUAGAGGAUUCAGCACUGUGUGUUUUUUGAUGUAGUUCCUUUCUCAAAAAUCAGCCUUUUAAUUUUUUUUGUCCCUCUGUGAUUUUUAGUGACUUUUUUUUAAAAAAAAGUGGGUUGCCGUGAGCUUGGAGGCUUGAGCAAACCUGGGUGUUUGCCUACUGAGAUGUUCAUUAGUUUUUGUGCAUUUCCACCUGCUGCUUUUCAGGGUUUUAUUUCUUCAGCAAAGAUAUGAAGCUGCCUUUGGUAAUACCACGGAGUCUGAAUGUUGCUCUGAAUUAAAGUGUCUUCAGCGCUGUGUACAUACUUGCUUCACUCCCAGCAAUAGAAUAAGAAAACUGAAACCUCCCAAACCGUGUUGAAUUGGACCUAAAAUCUUUUUUAAGGUUGGUGUUUGGAGUGUGAGGAAAUCCAUCACCACAUUUAAGAGCAUCUAAACCAGACAGAGUAUCAUAUCUCUUUGCUACCUACACAUGGAAAUUUCCGUGCGUCUACAAUGGAAUGCGCAUACUCUCUCUGGAGAGACGCACCGUAAUGCUGGAGAAAAUUGGGUAAACGUUGCGGUUUCCCCCUUGACCUCCACCCCCCCCUUCCCUCCCGGAUAGCUGCCAAUCUGACUGAAAACAAAACUUCAUUUUUGGGUUGAGUUCUGUGCAUGUACAGGUUUAGUACAGAACACUUUUUUUAGUGAAAUGAAAGUGGCCUAUUGUGAUUAGGGCCGGCUCAACCCUACUUUAUAUCAUAGGUUUGAGAGUUCAUUCACUACCCAAUGUAAGUCUUGAAUGCAGAAUGAAGAAAAAAUAUUUUUUUAUUUUAAAAAGUGACUUUUUUGUCCACUUUAUCCAAUGUUGGCCAAUACGUCAAUGAACUGUUGUGAACUUCUUGCUGCUUAAAAGGCUUAAAUUUUAUCAAUCAUCAUAAAAACAUUUUUAAUAAGUAACUUUUUAGAUGACCUUUAGUGAAUUUAAAUCUUUAAGGCCAAUUCUUAAUAUGUACCGGGUGUUAUCAGCCUCAGUUGGUUGGAAGCUCUCUGGCCUUUGAAUCCCACAUUGGGAUUUUGAGCU